CGUGAUUCAAUGAGUUCUGAAUCAGAAGCCCUAUUUCAAAUGACUAACACUUUAAAUGAUAUACACAAAAAAUCUCAAGAAUAUAACAAAUUAAAAUCUGAGUUAAAAGAAAGUGUUUCCGGUAUUCAAAAUAUGUUAAAUAGUCGAACUGAAUGGCUUCGAUUGAAAAAUAAUAAAUUUAAAUGCUAUUCCUUAGCAAGUAAGGAAGACAUUACUGAAAUAUUUGAAUCAAUUUUUAGGAUAGAUCCAACUUUAAAAAUCGAAGAAACUACACAAACACAGAUAUGUUGCCAUCCAGAAUUAGUCAAGUUUAUAGAUACACAUUGUCAAACACGUGCUUAUAGCUUUCAGCCAAUCCGUCUUCCAUCAUAUGAAUUUUGUAAUUUAAGUUUUCUUCUAGAUCCAAUUCCUUCAAAAGAAAAUGCAGAUCACUAUGCAACCUUCCAGCAGGUAUAUGGUACUAAAACUACAGAAGAAUAUAGGCCAACAUAUAUACAGUCACAAGCAACUUCAGAACCUGCUCCAAAAAAUAUUUUAAUUUCUGAAAAAAUUCGUGAUUAUAUUAAUUGUGAAAAUUGCCAAAAGUGUCGUUGUAUAUACAGUAACAAAUCUUUAACUGAUGAAGAACUAU